AUAUAAAUGGAUGCCAUUGCUACACCCGCUGAAAGCUCUAUCCCCCCUCUUUCUUUGUUCCCGUAGAAGCCUUUCUUCCUUUGUUUUCGUUUUGCUAAAACAAGCAUCUCUUCUUCUAUCUUUCCAUCCUUGCAAAAAGGAUAAAGGGUUGCUACCAUUUCUAGUUUCAUUCUACCAUUUGGAGGCACCUCAUGCUAUAAAAAAAAUAAUACUAAUUAUCUUGGAAGGUUUGUCUUGAAACUAUAACAACAAAACAAUCCUCAUCUAAGCAAUUGAACUACCCAAAACAAAACACGUGUUGGCCAAAACAUCACCUCUCUCAUGCAAGAGCUUUUAGAUGCUCCUUUAUGCUCAACCAAUGCUUAUGAAAGCUUGUUCUAUGUCUGUUGUGCUCAAGAUUUAGAGUUUGGUUCGAUUUGUCUUUUCUAGAAUCUAUGUCUUCUGUGCCAGCACGAACGGGGCGACAAAGACAGCGUUAUGAAGACAACUUGCGCCUUGUCUCUGGAUGUAUUCCCUAUAGAUGGACAAAGGACAACACAGAUCAAAUGGGAGAAACUGAGGAGAUAAUUGAAGUACUUAUGGUUUCUUCACCAAAACGCGAUGAUCUUGUAUUCCCAAAGGGUGGAUGGGAGGAUGAUGAGACUGUUACGGAAGCUGCUUGCCGUGAAGCCCUAGAGGAAGCAGGAGUUAAAGGUGUACUGAGAGAAAUUCCUUUAGGAAUAUGGGAGUUCAGAAGCAAAAGUAGUCAGGACUUGUGUAGCAUGGAAGGAGGUUGCAAAGGGUACAUGUUCGCCUUGGAGGUGACUGAAGAACUUGAGACUUGGCCGGAGCAGAAAAACCGUACUCGCCAGUGGUUAAACAUAGAAGAGGCAUUCAGACUCAGCCGAUAUGACUGGAUGUCUAAUGCACUCGAGGAGUUUUUGAGAGUUAUGGAAGAGGAUAGAAAACUUGAGAAGAAAGACCAGAAUGUCGAACCCCCUUCAAUUAUAGUAGCAGAUGUGUCAGAAUGUCAAAGUAUGCCUCACAACUGCUAUAAAAGAUCCUCUACAAUGCAGCACCAUGGUAUGCCUCCUAAAGCCAAUCUCCUGUCACGUGCCUCUCAAGAGAUAGCCAUCCACUUUGGUUAUUGAGAUUAUCUGUACACUUCUGCAAUGUGUUCUUGUAAUGGAUAAUAUUGUGCACUAACUGCUGCAAAUUUAUAAAGAACAAACUAUGAAGUAAUGGAUUGAAUGCACAUGCCAAUGCCAUGGACUUCAUUGUUGUAGGUUCUUUCCCUUUCUUUCCUAUGAGAUAAUGAUGUAAAAUGUGAUGGUGAAUGUCUCAAGUGUAUCUAGACUUAGCAGUUAUUUGCUUCUCCCCUGUUACUGAAAUGCUUGUAAAAUAGCACCAUUUGUGAAAAUUGAGUAGUGUCAUAAAGGCAAAGACUGUGUGCUACUUUUGACAACCUU